AAGUGAACCCUGAAGAAAAAUAAAUAAAUAAAUAAAACAAUUUUUUUUUUCAAAAAUAAGUUCAAAGAUAUAGGCUAACUAACCCUUAAUCGCGACUAAACCUGUGGCCUAGAUUCAACAAAAAAUAAUUCAAUAGAUAUAGUAUCAAAAAACACAUAUCCAUACCUCUUACCUCUUUGUCGAGAAUAGCCAAAUCAACCAAAUCUUUGCGUUUACAAUCUAAAAAUGGUGGAUGACAGCUUCGCAUUCCACUAAAGGUUUCAUUGAAAAAGAACCUUAUACUACUAAGGUCUGCCGCUGUUGGCAUUCCGGUCUUCGUAACUACUUCAAUUCUCGGACUCAUCUUAGACCCCAUAUUAAAUUCCCAACUUUCAGCCUGCUCAAAAUUGUUGAAGCGAUUCUGUGAGCCCUAUUGGCUGUCAUUAGCCUAAGAAGUCCAAGUGUGGGAUGGACUUUCAGCGAAAUCAGACAUAGCAAUAAUAUUCCAAAAUAUCUUGACUUCCCAUGUUGUAUCCAAUCUAAACUAGUCAGUAAAACUACUUUCUCGGUGAUAGUCCGGUAUAGCAACACGCAUAAUGUCUUCAAUAGGCGCGAGAUCAUGCUAAUUAAAAGAAUACUUUCGCUGUGGGAUCUUCGCCUGCACUUUACUUUUAUCCCCCUCUCUCGGGAGAGAAACUGAGGAAUGAAGCGGGGGAUCCAAAUCUUGUUAGAAAUCUUGUUAGAAGGAUAUACCAACCUCUUGACUAGAGCAUAUACAAGAUCAUAUUCAAACCUUCGAUCUUUCUUUGGUUGUUUCGACCCGGCCUGCUGCUUGUACAACUUCAACUUUAGUAUCGCAUUACGAGCAUGAUGCAAACAAGUCUGAAAAAAAUGAAUGUUAAUUAGCAUAACAAAAAGUGAAUGCGGGUCUAAAAAAAUCAAGGGCAAAUAAUUGAGUGUCUCUUGAAAAUAGGCAGCUUAUUAUUCUAGCUAUCUGAGAUAUAUGGGCUUCAGAAAAUGGAGAACCUAAACACAAUGAACUCACUCUAAUAAAUUUUAGUAUUAACUGAGCAUAAUAAAUGUCUCAUUCUAGAAAUCACAUUCAUAACUCUUACAACAAAGAGCAUAACAGUGCCUCGAGAAAGCUCAUAAAUCAAGCCACAAGAAUUAAUAGCUCAUUGUUAAUAACUCAUUAAUCUUAAAAACUCACUGUUUAUACCACCAAAUUCGAAGGUUCAUCUCUUUAAAAUAACAAUAUAAAUCAAAUAAAAUACUGAUUCAGAAUUGAUUAAUCAAGGCAUGAACAUCAAAUAUUUUUUUUUUCCUUCAAUUGCAUUAAAUCGGUUAAACAAAUGUUGAAAGUUAAAAAAAACAAUCAGUAAUUAAUGAUUACUCUGAGCUGCUUUUGAAGAUCUGGUUUACUCGCACUGGAACCACCAUUGGUGGAAUCGCCGGAGUUGAGGUCGCAACCUAAACACACCAUCUUAUGAAGUGCUUCACUUCUAUGGGCCCGCAACCUCUUUCCCUGAAUCAAUAACUCUAACAAGAUGAAGGGCAUUUUAAUGCUUAGAAAUACUACUAUUUUUUUUUUUUGAAAUAAAAAAUACUACUAUUUGAUUAGUGAAACUUUUUACCCAUCCUAGAUAUAUUCUCUUACUUAUAAAAAGGAAUGGUGAAACUUUUUACCCAUCCUAAAUCUGGUGACAGGUGUCCAAUUUUAGUUUCAAAACGACGUUGUUUUGAUUUCACUUUAAUUAACUUUAAAAUGAGAUGAUUAAAAUAUAAAGAAAAUGAGGUCAGAUGUCUCGAGAAGUCUCUGAGACUCUCAGUUCUCAUUUUCCCAAACCACACUUCGUUCAUCUCCUCUCGCCGCCGCCCUACUUGAAUACGAUUCUUCUCGACACUACCACACCCUAAUGACGAGAGUGAUGAUUAAACUUCGACGAACCCUUGUUCGAGAAGAUUUUCAAAAAGUGCAGAAAAGUCAGGCUCUAUCAACGUGGAACCUCACCAGCCUUGCAUCCCAAAAUUGACGUAGAAAAAAUCGAAGUUACUCGCCAUUGAUCGUUUCACUGUUUCAAUACUCGCCAUGUUUCUGGUCAAGUGCACGGUGAUUCUCGGCACACAAUCUAAUCAAACACAAGGACCUGUUCAUGGCAGCGGAGUCCGACGAUAUCUCAGUUUUCAGCAGCUCCUCAAAGCCAGCUCACUUCGAAACGAAAAUGGCCGCUCUGUCAUACACGUUGCCAUAUCGUCCUCCCAGCCUGAGGCCCAGUCCAUCACUUACCUUCUUGGUGCAGUUGAAUUUCAACCAUUUGAGCUGUCAAUUCCUUUUAUUUGUGAAUUUAUGCUUCUUUGUGUUAUGGUGAGUUCAAUUUUGCAAUUUCGUGAAGCCCUGUGGUUGGUUGAUCUUAGUUGCGAUAGAGAAGGUUGGGUUCCCCUGCACUCGGCCUGCGGCUGCUACCAUAAUUUCCAUAAAAAAGAGCCCGACUGUGAAACACAUCCUACCACAGCAUCUUCCGACUCCUCAGUGAAAAAACGCCUCAACUUCGACAGUCAGCAGAGCUCUUUGCCGACAAGCAGCACCCCACUCACACAGGUGUCGUACUCCAAAUUCGCCGGUGUCACGAUCGAAUCAUGGCUGGAAACUGGCACGGUGACAGCAGGGUCCACCGUGUACAAUUCUUUGACUUCUGUAGCUUUAGAAGUGGCCAUUUCUGAGUUACCAGAGAUGCAAUUGGUUUAUAAAUAUGUACUAAAAAAUGAUGUACUGCAAUUCUUCUUCCCUAAGUAGCUGGGAUCCAACACACAUUUAUCUUGUGGAGCUAAAUUUUAACAAAUAAAUAAAUAAGAAAUUCAUCUUUUUGCCGAAAAAUAAAAGAAUUCGGUUUUAUAUUUGUUUGGAUGAUAAUUUCUGCUGCCGAUUCAAC